AUGAGGUUCGGCUUGGAUAAACCUGGCGCGCUCCCACUCCUCGCCUUGAUUGUGUUCUCGCUGCUCACAUUGGUGCCAUCGCUGUCGAAUAUUUACAACCUCAAGUUCGCCGACUUCAGCUUCUACCCCGGUACAUCUCGCCAGGUCCCCCUUCUUCAAGAUGGAGCUACCGAAAUACCCCCGAAAGCACACUCCGUAAACGACCAUCGGAAACCAUGGACUCUCGCUGGGCCCCAUCGAUCGCGUGUGAACCUCCACUCGCGCACCUCGCGCACAGGAGGUGCCGCUGCAAUUCCAGCUAGCGAGACGACGGCAGUGGCGAACAAAAGUCGAAUUUCCUCGAUCGCCCGCGAAUCAUCGUUCUCGUUUAGUCGGAGAGCCCGCGCAUUCAGAACCUAUUUCAUCCAACAAUUCGACGACUACCAAUUCCUGGCCCCCUUCUCCAACCGCUCAUCAGCGGCCUUCGCGAACGCAUACCCGACCAUCACCCUGAAUGAAGCCACUCCCCCGACUCCCAAUGUAGAUCAUACCUCCACGACAUCCUCAUCUAAUCAUUCAACCUCAUACAAUAUGCACGAAACAGGGCUGCAGCUCCCUGUGUCCCUCCGGAAGGUGUGUCAGCAGGCCUGCCACACCGCAGUUGAGUUCGGAAAGCGAUUGGCGCUUUCCGGGGCAGAGUAUGCCAAAUCCAUAUUCCACGUGGACGAACAGAAAGACGUCCCGACAACAUUAAUACGCCAUCCCACCCCCUCUCCCGCCCAUCCGGAAGACCAAUCAAAUACGCCCCCUGCCCUAGCUCAGCAAAAAGUUGGUGCUGAGGAAGCCACCGAUGCUGCCGCUGGUCGGCACUCGCAGGAGCUCCAUGGGAGCUGUAUGGCUGUGGUGAUUGGUCUUGUGGCGGGAAUCAUGUGGUUCUAG